AUGGCUGAACUGGAUGAGUUAAAGAAACAGUUUGAAGAGAUGCAAAGGCGUUUCGGUGAGCAGACAUGCAUGUUAGAGCAAGCCAGAGCCGAACAGAGAGAGGCGCUUUCCCUCGCUAAAACUGUUAUUGAACAACAGGCUGCCGCUCAGAGAGCACCAUCUACUGUUUACAUCCCUAGGGAUCGUAAGCUUCCAGAGUUCACCGGAUGUCGUUCCAAGCCUGGUGAGUUGAGUAUAGAAGAAUGGAUAAGUUCAAUGAAGUCCGCCUUCAAGGUGAUGAAAAUUCCUGAAGAAGACAGAAUUGAGUUUGUUAAGCAGUAUUUAAAAGAUGAGGCUAAGAUGACAGUCAAGAUCACACUCAACGGAAAGGAGAAGUCAGUGGAUGAGAUUUUCGAUGCUUUGGAUCAGACUUAUGGGGACAAACUUCCCAUUGGCAGCAGACUGAAAGAGUUUUAUGACCGCAAACAAAUGCCUGGAGAAACAAUCCGUUCUUAUGCUUAUGACUUGCAGGAGAAGCUAAGUAUCAUCCAGAGUCGAGAGCCGUCUAGAGUUCCUGAUGCUGAUGGAGUUUUGAAGGAACAGCUUGUGUUGGGCCUGAAAGACGAUUCGCUACGGCGUGAAAUGAAGAGGAGAGUUAAAACUGAGAAGGACCUGACAUUCAUCCAGCUUAUGCAGGAAGUUAUUACUUGGUCUGAAGAAGAGGAGGUGCAGGUUCCAAGCAAUCCGAGAACGAGUACUCGUCCACGUGGUGUCGUUCAUGCUACCACUGCAACAGAGAGCUCUUCAGCCCCUCUCACCCUGGAGUCACUCCAUGAAGCCAUUCAACAGAUAGCUGCCCGACAAGAAGAACUGUUUCAGAUGGUAAACAGCAAAGAAAAAUUGAAACCUGCAGUGAAGGAAAACAAGGCAAAAAGUGCACCUUUGAAAGAUAGUGAAGGAAGGUACAUCUGUUAUACGUGUGGUAAGCCAGGACACACAAGCCGACGUUGUCUUCAGAGCAGAGAAAACUCUAGUAGAAUGCAACCUAACACAGCAGAGAUAGAAAAGACAGCUGACAGAGACACUUCAGUACUAGAGAGUCCAGGUCCAUCCGUUAUAAGAAGUCAUACUGCAGACUGUGAUACAGAGAACGUUUCCAAGUCACUUUCCGAAAGUGCUUUUGGUGAUUGUAUAACCAUUGAGGUGAAAAUUGCGGGAAUCAGAACAAUCUGUCUCUUGGACACAGGGUCAGAAGUGACUACUAUCACCGAGUCACAUUUUAAGAAUCACUUUGGAGAAGUUGUUCUGUCGUCUGCCAACUGGGUCCGACUUACAGCAGCAAAUGGCCUAGACAUUCCCAUCAUUGGAUGUCUGGAAGCAGACAUAGAGUGUUUUGGGAAGACGUUGCAUGAAAAGUGCGUGUUUGUGAUCAAAGAGAGCGAUUCUAAUGGGACAGAAUUGAAAGGAUUGCCUGGCAUUAUUGGGAUGAAUGUGUUGAGUGAAGUUAAUGAUCUAUUUAUGACUACUAAAGACAUGAAGAAGAUGGACAGGUAUAGCCAUGGUUUUAGGGAGGCAAAAGUCCAGCGAGUUUUAGCUAACAUAAAGAUGCAGACUGAGGCACUGAGUUGUGGUGACAAGAUUGGCUUUGUGAAGGUUGCUGGGAAGCAAUCAGUAACUAUUCCACCAUUCAGUGAACGUGUUUUAGAAGGCCGCUGCAGGAUACCACCAAAAGUGAGCUGUCAAGUGUUGGUUGAGGCCUCGUCAAAUGUCAGUUUGCCUAAGAGUGUUCUGAUUGCUAAUGUGCUUGCUAAGACUGCCGAUGGUAAAGUUCCAGUCAGAGUGUUAAAUUCUAGUGAAAAGCCUGUAAAGCUCCCACCACGAUGUAGGAUCGCAGCACUGUCCAAGCCCCAGGAAGUUGUGCCAAGGGUGCUCGUCGAGUUUGAGGAAAAAGAGAAUGCUUUGCAUGUUAAAGCUGUGCAGCAACAUAAGGUGAAGGCAGAGAUAAGCACUUCAGAACAGCUGCCAGUUCCAGUGCAAAUUAAUCUAGAGAACCUCACAGAAACACAACGUUGCAAACUCCAAAACUUACUGGCUAAGCACAGUGAUGUGUUUUCAAAGAACGAUUGUGACUUCGGUUAUACAACUGCUGUCACACAUAGUGUUCCAACAGGAGAUGCUCCUCCCAUUAAGCAAAGACAUCGCAGAAUCCCACCUCAGGUUUUUCAGGAAGUGAAAAAACAUGUUCAAGAUUUAGUAUCUCAAGGUAUUCUCAGAGAAAGCUGUAGCCCAUGGGCAUCUCCAGCUGUGAUUGUGAUCAAGAAGGAUGGCAGCGUACGCUUUUGCUGUGAUUACAGAAGGUUGAAUAAAGUGACCUGCAAAGAUGCUUAUCCUCUCCCUCGUGUGGAGGAAUCGUUGGAUGCCUUGGGAAAUGCACAGCUGUUCUCCACACUUGAUCUUACCUCCGGGUAUUUCCAAGUAGCGAUGAGUGAGGAGGAUAGAACAAAGACGGCGGUCACCACUCCCUUUGGACUGUUUGAAUGGACCAGGAUGCCAUUUGGACUUUGCAAUGCACCUGCAACAUUCCAGCGUCUGAUGGGGGUGGUGCUCGGUGAUCUAACGUUUGACAUACUGCUCAUCUACCUUGAUGGCAUCAUUGUUUUUUCGAAAGACUUCGAAACCCAUUGUCAAAGACUGGAAAUAGUAUUCAAUCGAUUGAGACAGCAUGGUUUGAAACUGAAACCCAGCAAGUGUUUCCUUUUGAAACCCGAAGUGAAAUUCUUGGGUCACCUUAUUUCUUCCCAGGGAAUAAAGGUGGAUGGAGAGAAAACUCAGGUUUUGGAAUCCUGGCCUGCACCCACGAAUGUCAGAGAGUUAAGACAGAUCCUUGGAUUCAUGAGUUACUACAGGAGGUUUGUUCCUGGUUUUGCUCAGUUAGCCCGGCCCCUUCAUGCCCUGGUUGGUAAAGGAGGGAAAGAGAAAAUCAUUGAACCCCUUAACUGGACAACAGAAUGUCAAACUGCAUUUGACAAACUCAAGCAGUGUUUAAUGUCUCCGCCAGUUCUCGCGUACCCAGAUUUCAGUCAGUCUUUUGUACUCACAACUGAUGGAAGCCUGCAUGGUCUUGGAGCUGUGUUAAGUCAACGACAAGGAGGGGUUGAGCGUGUGAUUGCGUAUGCAAGUCGGGGUCUUCGUGGAUCAGAAAAGAAUGAUAGAAAUUACAGUGCUUUCAAGCUAGAGCUACUUGCCUUGAAAUGGGCUGUAACUGAAAAGUUCAAAGAAUACCUGAUCUACUCCAAGUUCUCUGUGAUAACUGAUCACAACCCUUUGCGCUACUUGGCGACCGCUAAUUUAGGAGCUGUUGAACAACGGUGGAUAGCUCAGUUGUCAGAAUUUGAUUUUGAAGUCUACUACAAACCAGGACGGCAAAACACAAAUGCCGAUGUGUUAUCACGGAUUCCAUCCAGUGAGGAGCCUGAGCAAGAGGACUCUGCUAAAGACUUCAUUAGGAUGAAUUCAGAUGAAGUGCGUGCAUGUUUAUGGCCAGUUGCCAACAAGCAUCAGAUAGUACAAGCAUCGGUUCAGGUAUCAGUGACAAGGAAAGUCCCCGGAUAUAGCUGGAGUGAUAUAGAAGAGCAACAAAAGAUCGACCCUCAUAUAGCUCCUAUAUACCGUGCUGUACUAACCAACAAGAACCUGAGUCCAGUUGAGCAACGCAAUAUGGAUGUUGAGUUAAAAAAGCUUUCUAGACAAUUCACACGACUCAAGCUUAAAAAAGGAGUGAUGUUCCGUUCCAUCUUUGAUCCCCGGGACGGAGAAGAAAUUUGUCAAGUAGUGGUUCCAGAACCCUUGCGUUACAAAGUGUACGAGAGUCAGCAUGAUCAUUGUGGCCAUUUUGGAGAAAGAAGCACGCUGGAGCGCAUGAGGCGGAGCUAUUACUGGCCGACAAUGAGUAAGGAUAUUCAAAACUGGAUUCAGGAAUGCAAGAGAUGUGCCCUUGCUAAAGACGUUUUUCCUAAAAUACGAGCCCCAAUGACAUGUACUAAUGUAUCUGCCCCGCUGGAAGUCCUUGCUAUGGAUUAUACAGUCUUGGAGGAAUCUUUGGGAGGAUAUGAAAAUGUCCUCGUCCUAACUGACAUGUUUACUCGUUUCACGGUAGCAGUGCCAACCAGAAAUCAGACCGCUCAUACCACUGCAAAAGCCCUUGUGCAGCAUUGGUUUGUCCACUACGGCUGUCCUGCACGACUACAUUCCGACCAAGGUCGAUGUUUUGAAGCAAAUGUCAUCAAAGAACUGUGUAAAGUCUAUGGAAUCGGAAAGAGUCGCACCACUCCGUAUCAUCCACAGGGUAACUCCCAGUGCGAAAGAUUUAAUAGAACCAUGCAUGAUAUGCUAAGGACGUUACCCCCGGAAAAGAAAAGGAAUUGGAAACAGUAUCUGCCCGAGUUGGCGAUGGCAUACAAUAGCCGAAUCCACACUUCAACUGGCUAUUCGCCAUUCUAUUUAAUGUUUGGGAGGGAUGCCAGAAUGCCGAUGGAUAUCCUUAAUGGGAGAGACUUGGAGGACAGUAGAGCUGACAAUCUUGAUGAUUGGGUGAAAAACCAUCAUGAUAGAUUAAAGACCGCUGUUGAAGUAGCCAACUCAGCAGCACAGGAAGCUUCAAGGCGAAGAAAAAGAGCUUAUGAUCGGAAAUCGCAUGCCGCACUUAUGAGACCUGGUGACCGUGUUCUGUUACGGAAUCAUUCACAUAGGGGAAGGAAUAAGAUACAAGACCAUUGGGAACCCUUGCCUUACACUGUAGUGAAACAGAAUCACGCAGACACUCCAGUUUACACCAUUCGCCCAGAGAAAGGGGGCCCAUGUAAAGUUGUACAUAGGGAUCAACUCAAGCCUUGCACUUUUCAGUCAUCACUACCACCUUGCACAUCUAGACGUGAAUCUAGAGCACACAUAGGUCAGGCACACACUGAUUCAGAAGAUUCUGAUGUUCUUCCAGUCCCUGUUGUUACAUUUGCACCCGCUACACUCACAGACACACAAGGUAGAAGGGCAGGUGGGGAUGAAUCAGAGAUAGGUAUCAGGGACCAUGUCGAUGAAAUGUCAGCUGAUGAUUCAGUAGAACAGUCUGUACUUGAGUCUAUGAGUUCAGGUGGCUCCGAAGCUGAAAGUGAAAAUGAAAGUAUUACUGAACCUAGACGUUCACAGCGUUUGAACAGAGGUACUUUACCCGUUAGGUAUAGGACUGACUAUGUCUUGAAAUAAGCUUAUGUCAACCUGAAGGUUUGUAUGUUUCUUUUAAUAUGAAGGUUUUUCAAUCUUGCUAAUUGAAAGUGUUUAAUUGCUGUACUUGAUGUUUUCUUGUGUGGAAAGAAUAUUUACCUGCUAUUCUCUGUCAUUUAUUUUUCAGGACUGAGUUGCUGAAUGGAAGUCCGGUGGCAUGGCAGGGUUUAGCAGGGGGGAAUGUAGGGGAUUUACAUUUUUCUAAUAUGUGGAGACUUUUAUUUUGAUGUUUGUCGUGGGCGCCGCCAUUUUGUAGGUUUUGACGAGUUGCGCGGAGAGAGCGAGAGAGCGGAGAAG